GGGUGGCUCUGGCUGAGGGCGGAGGGGCCGGCGGAGCGCCCGGGGCAGCGGCUGAGGUGGAACCGCGGCGGCGGGGGUCGCUGCCCCCGGGAGGACCGGCCGAGAUGCUGGCGGAAAACCUGGUGGAGGAGUUCGAGAUGAAGGAGGACGAGCCAUGGUACGACCACCAGGACCUCCAGCAAGAUCUCCAACUUGCUGCUGAGCUUGGGAAGACACUACUGGAUCGGAACACAGAGUUGGAGGAUUCUCUUCAGCAGAUGUACACGACCAAUCAGGAGCAGCUACAGGAAAUUGAGCACCUGACCAAGCAGGUGGAGCUCCUGCGGCAGAUGAAUGAGCAGCACGCGAAGGUCUAUGAGCAGUUAGAUGUCACGGCAAGGGAACUGGAAGAAACAAAUCAAAAGCUUGUUGCUGACAGCAAGGCCUCACAGCAAAAGAUUCUGAGUCUGACUGAAACAAUCGAAUGUCUGCAAGCCAACAUCGGUCACCUCCAGAGCCAAGUGGAUGAGUUGAAGGCAUCUGGCCGAGGGAGGAGGAGCCAGGGGAAGCAUGACCAGCCAUCAGCACCCAGCUUCUCGUGUCUGAAAGAGCUGUAUGACCUGCGCCAGCACUUCGUGUAUGACCACGUGUUUGCCGAGAGGAUCGCUUCCUUGCCGAGCCAGCCCAGCCCCGCCGAGGAGGAGAACCAGCAGCUGAAGAAGGCGGUGAAGACGCUGCAGGCGCAGCUGAGCCUGGAGCGGCAGCGGCGCGGCGCCCUGGAGGAGGAGUACGGGCUGGUGCUCCGGGAGAACGACGCGCUGGAGCAGCAGCUGGGGGCCGCCGGCGCCUACCGGGCCCGGGCGCUAGAGCUGGAGGCCGAGGUGGCGGAAGUGCGGCGGCUGCUGCAUGCGGAGCGGCCCUUCGUGAACGGGGUUGAGAAGCUGGUGCCCGACUCCCUGUUCGCCCCGUUCAGAGAGCCCGACCAGAGCCUGCUGGAGGAGAUGCUGCUGACGGUGCCCGAGGCCCAGCGGAGGCCCCUCAAGCGAAGCAGCAGCGAGUCGGUGCUCAGCAGCCUGGCGGGCGGCGACAUUGUCAAGGGCCACGAGGAGACCUGCAUCCGGAGGGCCAAGGCCGUGAAGCAGAGGGGCGUGUCCCUGCUGCAUGAGGUGGACACCCAGUACAGCGCCCUGAAGGCCAAGUACGAGGAGCUGCUGCGGAAGUGCCAGCAGCAGGAGGGGGACUUGCUGUCCCACAAGGCUGUGCAGACUGCCAGGGCUCCAGGCAGGGACCCAGCUGUCAGGGACCCACCCGCCGCUGGUGCUGAGGAGCCUGCGGGCUCCCCCGCCAGCACAGCGCCCCCCGAGUACAAAGCUCUCUUUAAGGAGAUCUUCAGCUGCAUCCGCAAGACCAGGCAGGAGAUCGACGAGCAGAGAACGAAGCACCGCUCCCUCCCCUCUCCUUCCUAAUGGCCCCCGCUCCCUGCGCACGCCCUCCCCCAUCAGCCCUCUCCCACUCUGCGAGCGUCUGUGCGUCUGUAGACCCCAGCGCCUGAAGCUGCUCCUGGCGGCUGCCUCGCUGCUUUGCUUACCCAGCAAGUGUGGAUGUGCGGUGAGGACCGAGGACAGCUCCCGGGAUCAGCUCCUGGACCCGGACCCCUUUACGCCUCACUGGAGGUCCCAUGACACACUGCCUCUGGCUGGCGCUGAGUUGGCUGCCAUUCCUGGAGAAGCCCCAGAAGCAGCGGGGGAGGUCUGUGCUCCGGGAGGGGGGCCUGGAGCUCCCACAGGACGUACUUGUGUAUACAGCGCACAGUGUGUUGGGGGAGGCGAGGUGAACUAAGCUGCUCCUGGCUCACUGUCUCACAAAUGGCAGUCAGCUGCCAACUGAACUGUCCACCGCACUGUGGACGCUGCGAAUUCAUUAAGAAUGCUCAGGAGAAAGUAAGGGUCUAAUCCAAAGAAACAGUGUUAGCAAAUACUCCAUACCUUUGAGUUUCGUUUGCCACCAGUUGGACUGUGACAGGAAUCCUAACAGAUCAAACCCGCUGAGCACCAAAGUCAGCCCGUUGGCCUGCACUCCAAGGGCCCUCACCCCACAUCCAGAUGUCUUCACACAAAGUAUACACUGGUUAGGAGAGCCGAGUACACGCCUUCCUCUCACAUUCAAACGAAGGGGACAGACCUCUCCUGUGCUGGCUGAGCGGGAUGGGCUUGGCUGCAGGAGCCCCGUCUGCUGCCUUGUCGAGCAGGGUUGGAACAGACUCCUCGUACUCCCAUACUUUAAUUUAAAAC